AUGGAACUUUUAAAAGAAUUAAAAUUGAGAGUCAUUGAUUAUGAGGCAGAAGAAUCGGAUCUUGCAUCUGCUAAAUACGCGAGUUACAAAAUCUCACACGCAAUUGCACGAGAGUCACGACCGUUUACUUGUGAAUCUUCUAUAAAAAAGUGUUUAGAGAUUGCGGCAGAAUCUGUGUGUCCAAAUGAUAUUGGAAAAGUUAAAGCAAUUAGAGUGUCCGCUCGUACUGUAGCACGUCGCGUUGAAAAUUUUAGUGCAGAUCUCGUGCGACAGUUAGAAUUAAAAGCGAAAACGUUUAUUGCCUAUUCAUUAGCGCUCGACGAAAGUACCGAUAUCACAGAUAUUUCCCAACUGGCGAUUUUUUUUCGUGGAGUGAAUAAUAAUUUAGUAAUUACAGAGGAGUUAUUAGAUAUUAUAUCUUUGAAAGAUACUACAACGGGAGAAGAUGUAAUAAAGAGUGUAGAAAAAGCAAUGACAAAUAUCUCGUUGUCGUGGGAAAACUUAGUUUCGGUUGCUACCGUUGGUGCUGCAGCAAUGGUGGGACAACAUGCUGGAUUUAUAGGACGUCUGGAAUCAAAAUUAAGAUCGCAAUCAAGACAAGAAAUAUAUUCCAUACAUUGCAUCAUUCAUCAGAAAGCAUUAUGUGCAAAAUCCCUGAAAUAUGAGGAAGUAUCCAGUGAAUUAACAAACAAUUAUAAUUAA